AUGGCCAAAGCUCUAACCUUUGUUCUCAUAUCAGCACUUCUCUGCAAUUUGACAGCUGCCACAGGAAGAAGUAGACGCUUCCUUUCUGCCAUGAAUGUCACAUAUGGACUUGAGCCAUCUCUCAGUGAUGGCAUCUGUGAGCUAUUGAUCACAAAUCAAGGCUAUACAUGUGAAGAACACACGGUGACAACUUCAGAUGGCUAUAUUCUGAGCUUACAAAGGAUCCCAGUUGGGAUUUCAGGUGGCAGUCCUGGGAAAAGAACACCAGUCCUUUUGCAGCAUGGGGUGUUAAUGGAUGGGAUGACUUGGCUUCUCCUGCCUCCAAGCCAGUCAUUAGCAUUUGUGUUGGCUGAUAAGGGUUAUGAUGUAUGGAUUGCCAAUAGUCGAGGAACAAAGUACAGCCGCGGCCAUGUUUCACUUACUACAGAUGACAAAGCUUACUGGAACUGGUCAUGGGAUGAGCUGGUGAACUAUGAUCUGCCUGCUACAGUUGGUUAUGUUCAUAACCAAACUGGCCAAAACAUGCAUUAUGUUGGACACUCACAGGGGACAUUGACAGCUCUUGCUGCCUUUUCAAAUGGCCAGUUGAUGAACAUGGUGAGAUCAGCUGCCUUGCUUUGCCCUAUUGGCUAUCUGGGUCACAUGAGCUCCUUCUUCUCCAAAGUUGGUGCUGAUUUAUUCCUUGCAGAGGAAUUGAACUGGUUGAAUAUCAACGAAUUCGAUCCCAAAGGGAUUGAUGCCGCAAACUUACUUCACGACAUCUGCAAGGUACCUGGAGUCAGCUGUGGGGACUUGUUAACUGCAAUUACAGGCAAGAAUUGCUGCCUGCAAUCUUCCACAGUGGACCUGUUUCUGAAAUAUGAGCCGCAGCCCACAUCAAUGAAGAACAUGAUCCACCUCUCCCAGAUGGUGAGGAGAGGGACGUUGGCAAUGUAUGAUUACGACAAUGAGGAUGACAACAUGAGCCAUUAUGGACAGCCAAGCCCUCCAGAUUACAACAUGAAGAACAUCCCCACGGAGUUUCCUCUCUUCUUCAGCUAUGGAGGGAGCGACGGGCUUUCGGAUAAAAGCGAUGUCAGAUUCUUGCUGGAUGUGCUGAAAGGUCAUGAUGAUAACAAGGGUAAUUUCAUGACUCAGUAUGUGAAUAACUAUGCUCAUGCUGACUAUGUCAUGGCUGAUGCUGCCAAAGAGGAAGUUUAUGAUCUUGUCUUGAGUUUCCUCAAGCUUCACUGAGACUGCAAGAAGAGAAUGUAUACUGGUGAAUUGAAUGACCCCCAUCUUGUGUAUUCUGUUGUGCAAGAAGUUUGCAUCAUGUAACAUUGUGAAUAACAAGGCAUUUGUAUUAAACAUCAGAUGAAAUAAAAUGGCAUCUCUUGUUUCUC